UGUUAGUCCUCUUAGGUAUCAUCCAAGGGAUUUUUUUUUUUGACUUAUUCAGAGGACAUCUUCACUUCGCUAUCACUUUAUGCCCUGCCGAAAAGCCGCACUGCCAUGGAAAUCGCUCCCUGCACGACCACAUGCUCAACACUUUAAGUCCAACAUAAUUAAACAUACCACGUCGCAUAUCUUGCACCAUUCCUCAUUCAAUGUCAGCUGCACACGCCACAUUAUCCCAGAGGGCCACUCAGGGGACCGGCUCCGUCGACAGUGUGCAAAUCUUAAAGGGCUUGCUUCCAAAAUACGAGGCCCUAGUCGAAACGCCAGCCAAUGCCACAGAGCCCGACACUGACAACGUCACUCGCUUUUUGACUCUCCAUGAAACGUCUGUAUCUUUAGACGAAACACAAUUCCAAGCGGAAGAGGCCAGAUUUUCACGCCUCCGACUGCUUGUUGUGGAGUCUCAGGCGAAGCUCAUGCCGGUCAGCGCGUACCUCGCGCGCUUCGAGCGCGGCCUCCGCGAUAUGUCGAAGCAGAUGGAAGACUUGCAGUCACGAUCGAACAGCCUUUCGCAGUCGCUUGAGUCGGCAAAGAGCUUGGAAGUGCGGCUCGGUCCGAUCAUUGCCGACAUCUCCGUGCCACCAGAGCUCAUUAAGGAGAUUACGCUUGGCACGGUGAACACCGCGUGGGUCGAGAACAUUCGUAUCGUGGCGGAGAAAAGCGAAAUUUUGCGCCAGCACGAUGACAGCGCGGCGCUCAGAGAAGCGCGCGCGGUGUUAGAGCGCCUCACGCUUAAGAUCGUGGAGCGAGUGCGCGACUUCUACAUCCGACAGAUCCGGUUCUUGCGGCGCGGUACAGUGCUGUCCCAGGUGGUGCAAAAGCGGCUCCUCGAUAUGCGUGAGGCAUAUACGUUUCUCUAUGUGCACCACGAGGCGCUCGCGUUGGAGUUGCGCCAAGCGUACGUGUUCACGAUGCGCUGGUACUACAAGGCGCACUUCACGAGCUACUUACACUCGCUCCAAAAGCUCAAGAUCCAUGCAGUGGAUGCAAGCACAUUACUAGGUAGUGAUGAUGGCAGUGACGUGCGCGCAAAGUCCUUUUUUGGCGCUGCGAAGCGGCCCCAGGGCUUAUCGGGCAUGGACUAUGUCACGCUCGGCAAGCGUGCGGGCAUUCUCUCGAGUGCAGACCAUACGGUACUUUUGGCGCAAAUCGCAGAGAACAAUCCCAUGACCUACUGGAUGGAGACGGGCUUCCGCUCGUUCAACUUGGCGGUGGUGGACAACGGUACGGUCGAGUACCUCUUUAUGGCGGACUUUUUCCAGCCCGUGUCAACCGAGGCGUUGGAGGGCCUCUUUGGCACUGUCUUCCAGCCCACGUUCCAGCUCGGUGCGCUGUACACGCGCGAGUUACUCGAGUCACACGACGCGUACGGCAUCUUGUUGUGCAUCCGUGUCUGCCAGGCGCUCGAGCGUGAGUUGCAGUCUCGCCGCGUGCCCGUCAUGGAAAACUACUUAAACUUGCAGAUGAUCACCUUAUGGCCACGUUUCCAACAGAUUAUCGACCAGCACUGCGAAAGUAUGCGACGCGCGGCGACGCGUGCCGCGCUGGCACCCUUGUCGGUGGUACCCCACCGGCUCACCCAGCAGUUUGCGUUGUUUCUCCUUGGGUUGACCAAGUUGGCGAUUGAGCAUGCGGUCGAGCCACUCUCGAACAGUGUCACUCGUUUGCGCAAUGACUUCGAGGCGGUCUUGACAAAGAUUCUGGCCGGCUUUGGCAGGGCCAGCAACAAAGAGAUGUUUUUGUUUAAUAACUACUUCUUGAUCCUGACGGUGUUGAAUGAUGCGGAGGGAGCGUUGGCGGCGGAGCAGUGUGAGCAUUUCAAGAUGUUGACCGAUGCGUAUACGCCAGGGGCCCGCUAAAACUCCAUCAAGGGCCAUUUACCAGGAAGAGGGCGCUACUUCGUUGCCUGUUAUGGGUUUUGGGCCGAAAGUGAAGCGAUCACAUAGGGCAAUUCAUUACGAUUUGAUGAUUAUAAAAGCCCUAGGAUGAGGGUACACAUGUAAAUAGAUGUGAACAUUUCUGAGGACGGCACAGAGGGGGGUGAUGCUUGACUGGGUCACGCUUGACUGGGUCACAUUUGGUUGGGUCACUUUGAUGAGGCUAGAGAUAGAAAUGUAAUGUACGUAUCUUCGGGAGACGGUGUGGUGUGAAGGUUGUGUUCUAAGCUAUAUUAAUAAAAGAAAGAAUACGCCGUAUGAAACUGUAAGCUCACAAAUGGGAGCAAGGGAAGCACACUAAAUGGAUGUGCAACAACCUACAAUCGUAACAA